AUGUCGUCUUCGUUGAUUCAAUUGGAGUGUGGGUGUAACAAUUAUCCAUGGGGAAAGAAGGGAAAGGAAUCUUUGGCUGCUCAGUAUGCUGCUUCUACCCCGGGUGGAAAUUUCAAGCUGGAUGAGAGUAAAGAAUAUGCUGAAAUGUGGUGCGGAACCUACCCCACCACCCCCUCCAGCAUCCUCUCCACAGGAGAAGACCUUCAAAAACACCUCAACGCACACGCCGACCAGUUAAUUGGCCCCUCAAUCCUCAAAAAACACGGCACCGACCUCCCCUUCCUCCCAAAAAUCCUCUCCAUCGCAAAGGCCCUCCCCUUGCAAAUCCACCCCGACAAGUCCCUCGCCGCCAAACUCCACAAGCAAGACCCGGAAAAAUACAGCGACGACAACCAUAAACCGGAAAUCGCCGUCGCUUUAGGCAAAUUCGAGGUUUUCGUCGGCUUUAAACCGUUGGAGAAGAUUGAGAAGUUGUUUACCACGAUCCCGGUACUGAAGGAGAAGUUUGGGGUGAAGGGGAAGUUGGAGAAGGAGGGGUUGAGGGAGCUUGUGGGGAAGAUUUUGGGGGCGAGUGAUGAGGAGAUUGUAGGUGUGUAUGAGAAGUUGAGGGGGAUGAAGAAGGAGGAGUUUGGGGAUGAAGGACAUAUCACUGAUCUGUUGCCGAGAUUGGCGGAGCAAUAUGAUAAAUCUGAUCCCGGAAACCUCGUUGCUUUGUUGACGAUGAAUUUCUUGGUGUUGGAGAAGGGUGAUGCUAUUUUUGUUCCCGCUGAUGGCAUUCACGCGUACCUCUCUGGAAAUAUCGUGGAAUGUAUGGCUCGUUCGGAUAACGUUAUAAACACCGGCUUCUGCCCACGCGCAGAUAGAGAUGAUGUCUCCCUCUUCACAAACGCUCUUACAUUCUCGCCUUCUUCGGGUGAGGACGCGCUUCUUAAGCCAACAUCCUCGAACAAGGGUGUCUAUGGCAAGACCAAAGUGUUGGCGCCGCCGAUGAGUGAGUUUAACAUGUUGGUAACUCAACUCGGACCAAGAGAUAAGGAGACGAUCAAGGCAAUUGACGGACCAAGUGUGAUAUUGGUUACAGACGGUAAAGGAACUUUGAAGGCUGGAGGUGAAGUACAGAGUGCCAAGGAGGGGUACAUCUUCUUCUUGGGUGCUGGGACUGAGUUGAAUGUGACGAGUGAUGAUGGGUUGGAAUUGCACAUGGCUUAUUGUGAGGCUUAA